CAUGUGGUAGUGGUGUGAGGUUGUGGUGCAGGGGACGGAUAAUGCUGAGUGGUCUCUCCAUGUUUCCGGGACCCACAGUGGAGCCGGUCACUGGGUUAAGGGCAACAGGGAACUCCCAAGAACUCAACAAUCCCCAGAUAUACAGCCUGAUUCAGUGCUGAGGAACUGCUGUCUACCCCCAGGAAGCCCAGGUGACCUACUGGCCUCCUGCUGGCUUCAGGGGCAGUUUCUCUGAAUGGGGACAGCAGGCCUGGCUCCUUGCUUAAGGCCAUGGUAUCCAUCACCAGCCCAGCCAGCUGUCAGCUGCUCAGGGACACACAGGCCAGAGUGGCAGAGACCUUUCCUCAGCUGGAUCUGAUGACCUGUUGAGAACACUGUUCUGAAAACUAAGUGGGGGGCCACCCUGCGGGGUGGGCAUCCUCCCCAGGGCCCUGCACAAGAGCCCAGAGCACAGGCUCCUCAGGCCCAGUGUCCUGAGAGGUGAUAACCCAGGAGUGUUGUCUUCCCCCUCCCGCCUUCCUGUGCCAGGGCUCUUAUGAGCCACGUCCUGGUCCUGGUCUACACCUGCCCUCUCCACUGCCCUGUGUCUUCUCCUUGAGAUUAGUUGCUCCUUGAGAUUAACCUGUGCUGCCACGUGGCAGAUAUGAGCAGUCCUCUAACUCCCUGCCCCUGGACUUUUUACCCACACCCCAAAGAGCAGAUUUUGAGUGGCCUUUACCAGUCAGAUCACAAAGGCCAGGCUGCCAUCUGGCCCCAUCCUGUGUCCAAGUCCUCCCCCACCCCCUGUGUUACCCAACAAUUGCUCCCCCUGUUGCUAUUGGUCACCAGGAUGGGCUCUGUGACACAAGCAGGACUGGGCUCUUUGGGGGGCUGCCUCAGAGACAUCAGGUGGACAUAAGCCUCCCCAACACCAAUGAGCUCCCCCUCCCACACCCCCAAUCCAUCCCCAACCCAAUCCCCCUCCCAGUCCCGUUCCAACCACACUGUCCUCCCUUCCAAUCAGCAGCCCUACCCCGUCUCUGGAGGCUCAGUCCCGCCCGCCUCCCCCACCCGGGGGUCCUCCCGCCCUCCGUCUCACCCUGCCACCCCAACCACCUCUCAGCCCUCUUCCCGGACUUCCUCCCUGACUCCCAGUCCUCACAUCCAGCAUGUGGCCCGGACUCCACCAGCCUCCAAAUCUCCCUCCCAGUCUGGUUUAAAAUCUCUCUCUAGAAACCCUUCCCUGACCCCCGCCGUGCCUCUGGUCAAGUCCCCCUUCCAGAGCCCGGUCCCCUCGGCCUCCUACAUCGGGCCCAUCCGGAACAUCCCGUCCUACAUCGCUCCCUACGUGCCUCGCUUCCUGAGGGAGGCCCCCUUCUUCCAGCCGCCGACAUCGCCGCUCCCCCAAAACCAGUGCUUCCCCUGCACCUUCCCCUGCUCCAAGGCCCGGGAGCCGCCGCCCAUGCCCGACUCCUUCUACCUGCCGCUGCUGCCGCCGCCCCCGCACCAGCCGCAGACCAGCUGCACCUACCCCACGCCGCCCGCGCUCUUCACCCCGCCCUGCUCGCUCUCCUACUCCCCGCCCACCGAGGUGCUGCUGAGCGGGAAGCCGCACGUGGUGCCCUCGGUGCUGCCCGCCACCUUCUACACGCCCUUCUCGCGCUACUACUCGCAGCCGCGGCCCUACCGCGCCCACCGCCGGCUUCCCAGCACCACCCUCUUCCCCUCGCUCUCCCCCUUGAACUUCGACGGUUCCGGGCGCUCUGUCCACUUCUAUCGUGGGUCCUAG